AUGUCGUCCAAGUAUACCAGCACGUUGGGUUCUAGUUUGGGGCUGAGUAUCUUGUCUAAUAGACGUUGGAACUUCGCGGGCGCGGAAUGCAAGCCGAACGGCAUUACUUUAAAUUGCAACAGUCCUUUCCCUGGUACCGUAAAUGCGGUUAAAGAAAACAGUGGGAAUGAUACCCGCGCUACCAAGACGGUAGCCGCCGACAAUGGUGUGGACGACGACGACGACGACGAUGAUGAUGGCAACAUCUCCAUCGCCAAUGACUUCGGCAACGGCGUCAAUGUCGACGAAGGCAGUGGUAACGGGGGCGAAGAUAAUGACGACGGAGUGGAGCGCGACAACGACAAUACCGGGGAUAACGCUGAAGACGCUUGCCGCUAG